AAUUGACAAUAAAAACUGUUGCAGGUCGAACUAGAACCUGCGGGAAGGUUACGACUGAAAAUAGCCAUGUGGAAUGCACCAAUGCGGCAACCAAGUUUCUAUGGAGAAUAUAGCGGCGGAGAACACAGCCGUGCUAAAGGCAAGAAGGACCGGCAUGAGUUUAAGGAGAAAAAACAGCCCUUGAACCGUCGGAGAGCGAUGCGACGAAGGAUUCACCAAAUCAAUGGACACAAAUUCAUGGCCACCUUUCUGAGACAACCGACGUUUUGUUCGCACUGUCGUGACUUUAUUUGGUACGUAUGCCAGUGCAAAAACAUAUCGCUUCUCAUCGCUUAUAAGAUCCUACGUACAAAAUACUCUUUGAUAGCCGCGAGUGCGUGCUAUCUCGAGAUUAUACUUGGAAAACGGGAGCAUGCCUGA